AUGGUAAAAAUCUAUACGAAAGUCGCACUCGGUGAUCAACUGGCGGUUAACAAGAACCAAGAAGAGUUUGAUGUGAUCAUGGUCAAAACGCUAACUUCACCACCUGCUCGUACUAACCCACGAAAUUUCGAAGAUGGUUGGGAACGAGAUGGCGCUUCGCUGGCGGUGUUCAUCAAUGGCACGAAAGUUAUUGACCUCUGGGGAGGUUAUGCCGAUCGCCAAUCAGCGCGGAAAUGGAAACAGGUUCGUACUCUUUCCCCGAACAUUACUCGAAGUCCUUGUGGUGUGCAACCUUAG